UACUUUCCUCCCUCAAGUCUCCGCGAGACCAACCCCUUCCUUCCUUCAAUUUACAUAACUGGUUCUCGACAUCUUACGUAAAUUCCUUGACGUCCAUAUUCUAGCUUAUUGUCUUUCAAAUGUCGCGUUAUUAUGAGUAAAGGGGUGAAUUAUUGCGGCUCACAGCUGUGACGUUGCCGAGAGCCGGCGCCAUUCGCGCGGGUGCGCGAUCAAUACUCUUAUCAACAUAGCUGUAGGUGUUUACAUGCGCUAGUACACGCACAGCGGUCGCAUGAGCUUGUCGCGUCACGAGUGAUAACAGGCCGCGCCACAAAUUCUUCAAUCAGGGACAUGUGAAACAACCAAUAUGCCUCUCCCAGAGCUAAUCAAACGGGCAUCGAGCUAUCUCCUCGGUCUAGAGUUUGAGGAUGAGGAACCCCCGGAUUACGUGGACAAUGAAAUAUUGUUUUGCAAGAACAACGUGUGCGUACAUCCGCCGACCAUUGCCAGGCAUGAACUGGAUAUCGUACAUCAUCCCGGGUAUCUCACAGUAACCACAAAAGUGUUUACAGACCAACACAACAACGCUAAGCGACCUACGCUCUUUCUGAAUUGGAUCCCUAACUCGACACUCAGAAAAUGUCCUUCCGCGGUAGAGACGAGUCCGAGCGACGAGCUCGGGUACGGCGCGACAAAAGCAAACCCUAAAGCUAUACCGAAGCCCCACAACGAUGCUAAGACUAAUAAAGUUGAUUCCAACAACGAAAAUGCUUUUUCCGAUUCGUCGGAAACGACCAGUCUCAAUUCCAAUUCUGAUAAACAAAGCAUUAAGUCGUCCGAUACUCGUUACACACAUAACGACACGACUCAGGACGAGUUGUCGACGAGUUCUAAGCCGACUGUAAAGUCCGUAGAUUCCGGAAAGGACAAUGUGUUUGGUAGCUUUGAGAAGGACGAAUCGAAGGAUGAGGUGUUUAUGUACGAUAAGCAUGUGCGGUCGCAAUCGAUGACGUCCGUAAACAUAACGAUCGCGAAUCCUAAUAUUGAGAAUGUAGACUUGACACCAGAUUCGCUGUCUGGGGAUAAGUUCAUCAGGUCGUUGUCUAUGAGCUCCUGUGAUGAGGGGAACCCGAACUGGAUGAGUACUCCCGAGUUCCUGGCUUUGAAGCACAACUUGGUGUUUCCUGACAGCGUCCAAAGCUCCCCAGUGCCGCAACGGCGAGCCCCUAUGAAAUGCCGUAGGUUUUCAGUCGACCUGAGUCAAAUGCGGUCUCUACGGUUGUUUUUCAACGACGACAACUGCACGUGUGGUCAGCUGGUAGUAGCAUCACGAGAGUCACAAUAUAAGAUUCUUCAUUUCCACCACGGUGGGCUAGAUCACCUGGCUCAAGUUCUGCACAGAUGGCAUUCGUUGCUGCACAACAUCAAACUAACUCCAGGCUCAGAGGAACCUAAUUUGCCGUACCGUCAUUUUAUGGUCUGCCGUCCUGAAGUACAAAAAUCUGAGCAGCAUCCCGAAGAAGGAAAAGUCCCUAAAAUCACCCCUGAACUGUUUUAUGGCAAAAUCAUGAAUAGCAAAGGGGUCAUAGAAGACGAUCUGUUUCUCAGAAAAUGCGUGUUCUUUGGAGGUCUAGACAAGGAAUUGAGGCGUGAAAUGUGGCCGUUUUUGCUCCACUGCUACCCGUACAACUCGACUUAUGAUGAGAGGGAGAUCAUUCUGCAGAUUAGGACUAGAGAAUACGAAGAAAUCACAAGGAGAAGACUAGAGAAGAUGACGCCAGAACAGCACGCGAACUUCUGGAGGACGGUGCAAUGCGUGAUCGAGAAAGACGUCGUGAGAACGGACAGGGGCAAUCCCUUUUUCGCUGGGGAGAACAACUACAACAUUGAAAUUAUGAAAAACAUUUUGCUGAACUACGCAGUUUACAAUCCUGUACUUGGAUACACACAAGGCAUGAGCGACCUCCUGGCACCAGUAUUAUGCGAAAUCAAAUGCGAAGCCGAAACUUUUUGGUGUUUCGUCGGACUAAUGCAAAGGGCAAUCUUUGUUUGCACUCCAACUGAUAACGAUAUGGAUAACAACUUGAGCUACCUUCGGGAGCUGAUUAGGAUAAUGCUGCCACACUUUUACAAGCAUCUGGAGAAACACGUGGAUGCAAUGGAACUCCUGUUCUGUCAUAGAUGGAUUUUACUAUGCUUCAAGCGCGAGUUCACUGAAGCAGUGGCUCUUCGCAUGUGGGAGGCGUGCUGGGCCAACUACCAGACGGACUACUUCCACCUGUUCCUGUGCCUGGCCAUCAUCGCGGUGUACGCCGAUGACGUCAUCGCGCAGGACCUGAACACUGAUGAGAUGCUGUUACACUUCAGCUCGCUAGCCAUGUACAUGGACGGCCGUCUAAUCCUCCGCAAGGCUCGCGGUCUCCUCCACCAGUUCCGAUCUCUGGUUCGAGUGCCAUGUACCCUAGCUGGCAUGUGCCAGCGCUGCGGGCCUGGCAUAUGGGACUCCACACACAGACCUAGCAUAGAAUGCACUGGGGAACACCUAGUCUGCGAGUACAAGGCGCAGUAGGAAUUGACACUUGAAAGGUGAAACAGAUGAAGAUCGAAGACUUGGAAUGGAAACUAAGCUGGCCCUGAAUGGACAGGCUACACUUUAUAAGAACAGUUAUAGAUCUAAGCAUAUAACAACAUCUGACUAAUAUUCUUGGGCACAUCAGUACAUGUAUUACGGAAAAGAAAGCCCUCAUUUCAUAUGAUGACGGUGCAUCAUCAGACACCAGUGUUUUUUCAGCCAGCAUUAUUAAAUAAAAUUUCAUUGAGGGCGUGUGGCAUCCCUCAAAUAGUUUGUUAUGAAACUGUACCUACCUUAAUUUUUAAUUGCUUAGAUCUACAGCUGUAAAAAAGCCGACGAUUUUCUGGAAAAAUGUCGGUAUCAUGUCGAUAACAACAACUUGACAACAACUGUGCUUGGCAUUAAGCAGAAUCAUUGCGUUGUCGCAAGUACGCGGGAUCAGUCCUUGUAAGAUCAAGACAGUUGAGCAUCAAUUCAGUUUUGUCAGGAAAAUCGGUAAUCGUUUUUGUUUAUUAUUUUAAAAGUUACACCAAAAGAAAAAAAUAACUACCACAUUAGCCAGUAAAAAGUUAGUCAAGCUUGCGCUAGGCAAUUCUUCAAGACAAAAUGCUAAGCAGUUUUUUGUGAUAGUUAUUUUGUUGGGCGCCUAGCUUCUAUCGAGUUAGAUUUCUAACCAAGCAAGGAGUAUAAAAUUAGAUAUUAUGUACUACAUACAGUACAAAUGACAGUAUUACCAGAAUUAAGGAGCUUGGUAGAUUUUGUAUUAUUUAUAGUGUGAGACAUGACAGUCACAGCGUGAAAAGGGACAAUUAAAGUUUGUGAGAUAGUUAAUUUCACAUGGAAAUCUGUUUGUGGGGUUAACCCAUAAUUAGAUAGUGAAAAAAAGAGGUUUUUUCCACCAAUUGACGGAACAUAUCAGCGUGGAAACAAUUGACGACGUUCUUAUAAUAAAGUAAUGAAUUACUGUAUUGUUAACUUCGUAUACUUAUUCGUACAUUCUUAAGUUUGCAAGUUCAUCAUGAUGUACCUAUUAUAUUGUUAAAUGUCGUUAAAAUAAAUUCAUAUCGCGCACUUAAUUAUUCGAAGAUCGUUUAUUAUUGUCAUCUAUUUACUAUCUAUUGUCAUCUAAUAAUGUUAUUAUGAUGAUACGUUGGUACCUGUUUAUAGAAUUUAUAGGACAUAAUAAGUAUUACUGGAUAGCAAGUGAAUUUACCUAAGAUAUAAUACUAGACACCAGCUAGCAAACGUGUCUAUAAAGUGUUCAAACUUGUUACGUUUGCCUGAUGUCAAUUGGCUCAUACUUGCUUCGAAGUAGUAAAAAAUAUAUUUUUUAAUAUUGAAACUGGUGUCUGGUGCUAUACUUAGGCUAUCGAGGAAAUGUAUGCAUGAUAAAAUAAUUUGUAGAGCCGGACAGAGUGAAUAGGUCAUCCAUUUGCAACGCGUAAAUACAUUUAUUAUUUAUGUAAUUCAGAUAGUGUUUAUUGAUAGCUAAGAGUGACCACAUUGUACGAUACCUCUGGACACUCUUUCAAUACAGAUUUAGCAAUCCGUAACAGUUAUUAAAAUAAAUCAACGUGAAAUGGAACCAAUUAAAGAAUGAUGGUCACUCUCAUAUUUCAUUACACUUUGUUGACUUUAAGAAGGAUUCGCGCUAUUAUUGUAUCUUUAU